GUGGCUUUGCUGGAGUACGUAAGGGUUACGUAAAGUUGUUGUCAAAGGUAGCCUGGUGGACCAACCCGCGUUGGUGUCUACCGGGCGAAGCAGCCCCCUUCGCUCUCUCAGGCUCUCUUCGAUCGUAGAAUUGCUGGACUCGAACGACGUUGUAUGUUUAUGACGGCGGUGUCACCUUACAAGGACAACAGGACAUCACUAUGAGGCGCACCGUGAGCAUGGUCGUGUUGGCCGUCCUUCUGGAGAUUAUAUCCUGCGCAAACCUGACGAGGGCAGCCUGGAGCCCACCGGACUGUCCCCGGCAGUGUUCGUGCGGCGGGCAGGUCGUCUUUCCUCUGUACGAGCAGCUGCGAACGGUGCAGUGCUUCAGGCCGAGCGAAACUGUGCAGUUCCCGCCAGACACGCAGUCCAUCAACGUCGAGUUUUCGCCGCUCCGGCAGGUCAUCCCAGAAGACGUUUUCCAGGGCUUAAAUGACCUAGUAAGCGUGAAGCUCACAGCGAGACUCACUACCGUUCCACAAGGCCUGUUCCGUAACCUGACUCAGCUCAGAGUGCUGUGGAUCAGGGAGUUCCGCGUGCGACAGCUGCCCAUUGGUAUCUUCGACAGUCUCCGAGAACUGGAGCAGAUCUGGAUUGAGGAGACCACCAUCUCCCGCCUGCGUGGCAACACUUUCUCCAACUUGAACAAACUCAUGUUCGUCCACUUGAACAACAAUCAGCUCGCACGAUUACCCGCCAACUUGUUCUCCAGCCAGCCGGCCCUCGCUCUUCUCCAUCUGCAGUGGAUCCAUUCCAGACCCUCGACUACAGAGUGUUUACCUGGAUGACAGAGCUGCGCGAGUUGGGGGUGGACUCGCACCACAUGAUCUCAUGGCUACCAAAUCUGAUGAACCUCCCUAAACGACACUUCAAAAAUCUCGAAAUCUUGGUGACCUACCUUCUGAAUGAAGACCGCUAUGAUUCCAUCAGGGUAGAGUGGGACACCAUGGUGUACAGUCAUGGACAGUGGUACUUCGGAGAGUGCCCUCCCGACGCCUGUGAAUUCGGAGCUUGCAGUAUCUCGUAUCAAACGCCGGAGUGUGACGGUGUCAUGGCGGCAGGCAUACUGCUCCCUCUGUCAUUGAUGGCGCUCCUUGGCAUCCUUCUAUUGACCCUGCAGCUAUGUAGGCACAGAUUUAAAUGCUCAAGGUCAGGCUGAUCCAGCCGCAGUGCUAGGUAACCGUUCGAGGUCUGUGAUCUCACCGCGUAUUUACUACAGAUGUGUACAGUACAGAUGGGGAUAGUUUUUCGAAAACCAGUACAAGAGAAAUAUAAGUUGAAUUCAGACAUUUGCAUUUCAAACAUAGGCCUAGGCUACUUGCUAUACGAAUCCCUGGUUUGCCAGGAACACAAUAGGUCUUAGGAUCCACAAGUCUACAGUUUUUUGAAUUAGUACUAUCAUUAUCAUCAUAUUUUUUAACUUCUGUCUACGCUGCACGAUGAUCACAUUAUCUGUAUGUAUGUCAUUGGCUCAUAUAUCGUUUCCAUUGGAUGGUUCCACCACUUUCUGACAAGGGGAGGGGAUCUGUGCUAUCGACAGAUUGAGGUAGAGAACAGUAAACGUUGUAAAAAUGUUAUUUCUCUUUUUGAAAAAUUCAAUGAUUGUUUAAUUUGCAAGAACUGUACCUUCCAAUCUUCUAUUUCCUUAAAUUUUCAGUAGCACCAUCAAUGUAAUGUGUGCCACCGCAGUGUUUAUAGUCAUUGGUAGAAAUAAAGGAAGGUUGAUGUGGGCACUCCCGAGAAGCAGACUCUUUCAUCAGUCGGACAUUUAUCAAGCGCGUUUACAAUCCACACUCUCUUAACUGUCAAAAUAAAAUGAAACGUCAGAGGAAUCA